AUGGUUCAAAAUCGAGAGUUCAUUGCUCUUGAGGAGCGGGUGAAUCGGUUGGAAAGCUUGUUGGGGACGCCUCCUGAAACUUCCGCACGGGUUGCUGUCUUUGAGCGGAUGCGAGAAGCGGAGAUCGUGCUUGACACCAUUCAAGCAUCGGUUGUGGAUGUGCGGAAGUCUAUGCAGGAUCUACCCGGAUUUGUGGAAAGCCGAAUUGUCUCUUGCGAGGAAGACGUGAACAAUCAGGUGGAGGAGUUGUCCAUGAAAGUGGAACGCCUCCUUGAUGAGAUGCAUGUGAUGAAGCAAGCGAUGCGUUCUACAUCAAAGGUUCGGAUCCCUGACCCGAAAUCGUUCGAAGGAACUCGAAGUUCCAAGGAGUUAGAGAACUUCCUUUGGGAUAUGGAGUCGUAUUUUCAAGCGGCUCAUGUUGCUGAUGAGGAGAAAGUUUCGAUCACCACUAUGUACUUGUCGGGUGAUGCAAAAUUGUGGUGGCGCUCCCGACAGUCCGGGGAGAACCAUGCCCAGAAUCGGAUUGAAAUGGAUGCGUUGAGGAAACUCAAGCAUAGUGGAUCCGUUCGUGAGUAUGUCAAGGAGUUCAGUUCCUUGAUGUUGGAUAUACGUGAGAUGUCCGAGGAAGAUAAGCUAUUCAACUUCUUAGCGAGAUUGCAAACUUGGGCCCAAACUGAAUUGAGGAGGCAAGGGGUCAAAGAUUUGUCGUCCGCCAUUGCUGCUGUUGAUAGUCUCGUUGAUUACAAGACUAUGGGUUCCACUGAGUCCGGUCAGAAAAAGAAAGAGACGGGCAAAGGGAAGGAGAAGAAAAAGAAAGGCAAAGAUGGUUGGAAAAAGAAGAAAGCCAACAAUGGCAAUGCCGGUGGUUCUAAGGACUCGUCCCAACAGAAUGGUGGUGAGAAGAGGCGUGGAUGUUUCAUAUGCAAUGGCGACCACUGUAUGCGGGAUUGUCCAAAGAAAGUCAAGUUGAAUGCGCUUGUGGCGGAAAGCGAUAAAGAGAGUGAUGUUGGUGCUCCUCGGAUGAAUCCAUUGCAAUUGCUAUCUACAAUUCAAGGGGAUGCUAAGUCCGACUACGGAUUAAUCCGAAUCAAAGCCGUGAAUACGGAGGCGAAGCCUGUUCUAGGCGUGGGAGAUGUUGAUCUUCAGAUCGAUGCUUGGAAGGGAUCGUGCUCGUUGAUGGCGGUUCCUUUAGAUGACUUCGAGAUCAUACUUGGGAUGGAAUUCUUGAAGAUGGCGAAAGUUCCUGUGAUGGCCCAUGUGGGUGGGAUCAUGAUCCUUGAUGAACGCUGUCCAACGUUCGUUAAGGGUGAGUUUUUGGCUGAGAGGAAAUCCUACGGGUUGAUUUCAGCCCUUCAAUUGAAGAAAGGUUUGAAGCAGGGUGUGCCUACUUAUCUUGCUGCGAUGGUUGAAAUCAAACCCGGCGUGUCCCAAGAAGUCCCUGAUGCUGUAGCAGAAUUGUUGGAUGAGUUCAAAGAUGUGAUGCCUGAGGAAUUGCCCAAGGAAUUGUCGCCAAGGCGUGCAACGGAUCAUCGGAUUGAGUUGGAGCCGGGUGCGAGACCUCCUGCACAAGCCCCCUACUGCAUGUCGCCUUCCGAGUUAGCGGAGCUAAGGAAGCAGCUUGAUGAGUUGUUGCUUGCAGGUCUCGUGCAGCCGUCUAAGGCCCCCUACGGGUCGCCGGUGUUAUUCCAAAGGAAGCAAGAUGGAUCAUUGCGAUUCUGCAUAGAUUAUCGGGCUUUGAAUAAGGUUACUAUAAAAAAUAAGUACCCUAUUCCAAAUGCCUUUGAUCUAUUUGACAAGCUGUCGAGGGCAAGUUUGUACACCAAAAUCGACUUACAGUUCGGAUAUUGGCAAGUCAGAAUUGCGCCGGGUGAUGAAGCUAAGACCACUUGUGUGACGAGGUAUGGCUCAUUUGAGUUCUUGGUGAUGCCGUUUGGUUUUACUAAUGCCCCUGCUACAUUCUGCAAUCUCAUGAAUGACGUGCUUUAUGAGUUUUUGGAUCGAUUUGUGGUGGUAUAUCUUGAUGAUAUUGUGAUAUAUUCGGAUUCAUUGAAUGAGCAUUUGUUGCAUAUGCGGGUAGUAUUCUUGAAAUUGCUUGAGAAUAAGUUAUAUGCAAAGAAGGAGAAAUGUGAGUUUUGCAGAAACUCAAUUACUUUCCUUGGCUAUGUCAUCGGCCAAUGGCAGAUCAAGAUGGAUCGAAAGAAGGUGCAGGCUGUGCUAGAUUGGCCCGUGCCGUCCAAAGUUGCUGAGAUGAGAUCCUUCCUUGGCUUGGCAAACUAUUAUAGGCGGUUCAUUGAGGGGUAUUCAAAAAUUGCCAACCCCUUAACGGACUUGCUCAAGAAGGAUGUUGUGUGGAAGUGGACCGAGGCAUGUCAAUGUGCGUUCGAUGAGUUGAAGCACAAGUUGUCCACGGAGCCCGUUCUAAGGCUGCCCAUAUUUGAUGAGCCUUUUGAAGUACAGGUUGAUGCCUCGGACCGUGCCAUUAGAGGCGUGCUAGUUCAGAAUAAGCACCCUCUUGCCUAUGAAAGCCGGAAACUGAAAGAUUGUGAGUAUCGUUAUAGUACUCACGAGAAGGAGAUGACUGCCGUGAUUCAUUGUUUGGAGGUGUGGAAACAUUAUCUGUUGGGUACCAAGUUCACAGUGGUGACGGAUAAUGUUGCCAACACUUAUUUCAAAACCCAGAAAAGCUCUCACCAAAGCAAGCACGUUGGCAAGAGUACUUGGGGAAGUUUGAUUUCGAUUGGGUCGUCUGAAUCUAACAAAGACAACGCGGGGCCGGACCCAGUGGAAAAAUCAGAUUGGAGACAGGUUGGGCAUCAUAAGCAGAAGGAAGGGGGCACUCACGCCCCUAAUGAUAAGGAUGCUCGUGUUUCUCUUCCGCAGAGGGACACCCAUUCAAAUCCUUUUGCAGUUUUGGAUGAUUUGAAUAUUGCUGAUUCUCUGGUAAAUGACCCGAAUAUUGUUCCAGAGCGACAUGACACGCAGCCUUUGCCGAAGGGGCCGUUUGAGGAUCAUGCUCACCCCUCGGAGUCCCUUUCACCUAGGCAACCAUCUCCCUCUUCUGCGGUGAUUCUCCAUCAGGUCCUCCCCGAGGCCCAACCUGGGUCUUCUCCUGAUCAGCAUGAGCCCUCGGAUGGGACGCUUCCGGCGGUUGAUCUAGCUUUGACGGGCCAGCCAGGAACGGCGAUGAUGGAGGAUUCUCCCAUACCUCGCGGCCGUGGCCGUCCAAAGGGUACUACCAAGAAGGGGAGAGUUUCCAAUUCCUCUAUAAAGCACCGGCUCCGGCGUAUAAUCAAGAAUGGUAUGGAGAUGAGUAAGAGUCGUGCGGAUGGCGCCGUUUUGCAGGGCGCAGGAGCAGUUAUUGUCUCUUCGCCGCCGGUGGAGUUCUUGAAUAAAGUACAGCAUGCUCAGGAUGGAGGUGCGACGCUGCAAAACUUUGUGAUUCAUUCUUCUUCCGACGUUGCUCGAGCUAUGUCGGCGGUGGUUUCUAAAAGAUGGGGAGAUAUGUUGGACGACGACGACUCUUUGGAUGAGGACGAAUCUCUAAAUAUUUUCUCAUAG